AUGAAUUGGUGUUUAUGGAUUGCCUACUUCAGCCUCUUCACCAACAACUUUGCUGAAGGUAACGGCCAGGUGGAGUCUCAGGCUGUGGUUGGGCGUGUUGGAGAGAGCGUGAUCCUGGGCUGUGACCUCCUGAAUGCAGAGGAGGCGCGCCCCCAUCUCUACGUGAUCGAGUGGGUCCGCUUUGGCUUCCUUCUCCCCAUCUUCAUCAAGUUUGGGCUCUACUCCCCACGCGUCGAUCCGGAGUACGUAGGUCGUGUGGGGAUCCAGGAAGGCGCCUCGCUGCGGAUUGACCUCCUGCGUGCCAAGGACCAAGGCUGGUAUGAGUGUCGCGUCCUCUUCCUAGAUAGGCACAGCAAUGACGACGAGUUCCAGAAUGGCACCUGGAUCCACCUCACUGUCAACUCUGCCCCCACCUUCGUAGGGACCCCGCCAGCUCUUGUCGAGGUGCCAGACAGAGAACCCCUGAGUCUCACCUGCUCAGCCGUCGGCAGCCCCCAGCCCGUCAUUGUCUGGAAGAGAAACGACCUGGCCAUUGAGAGUGGAGACAAGGUGCAGGUGAGCAAUGGGACGCUGAGGAUCACCAGCGUGGAGCGGGCCAGCGCUGGCAUCUACACUUGCCACGCCUCCAGUAAGGAGGGCUCUGUCACCCACACCACCCGGCUGCUCGUUCAAGGGCCACCGGUCAUCGUGGUGCCACCACAGAACAUCACGGUCAACAUCACCCAGGAUGCCUUCCUGGCAUGCCAAGCCGAGGCCUACCCUGGCAACCUCACCUACAGCUGGUUCCAGGGCAGCAGCAACGUCUAUCACCUCAGCCACCUGCAGUCUCGUGUUCGUGUCCUGGUGGACGGGAGCCUUUUGCUCCAGAAAACGACCCCAGACGACGCUGGCAAAUACACCUGUGUUCCCAGCAAUGGGCUGCGGAAACCACCCUCUGCCUCGGCUUUCCUCACGGUGCUGUAUCCAGCCCAGGUGACCACCAUGCCACCGGAGACCCUCUUGCCCAUGGGGAUGCAGGGCAUGAUCCAGUGCCCCACCAAGGCCAACCCACCUCUUCUCUCCAUCAGCUGGACCAAGGACGGGCAUCCCCUGGAGCUUGAUAAGUUCCCUGGCUGGUCCAUGGCACCCGAUGGCUCCAUUGUCAUCACCACGGGGAACGACGACGCCUUGGGGCUUUACACCUGCACCCCCUACAACAGCUACGGCACGGCUGGUGCCUCAGCACCCACCCGCGUCUUGCUCAAGGACCCUCCCGUGUUCACCCUGCGCCCCAAGGAGGAGUACUUCCAGGAGGUGGGCCGCGAGCUGGUGAUCCCAUGCGCCGCCCAAGGAGACCCCCCGCCCACGGUCACAUGGGCAAAGCUGGGAAGCACAGGGAGGAACGAUGCCCAGGUGGAUGGGAACAGCAGCCUUGUCUUCCGGCCACUGGUUAAGGAGCAGCAUGGGGCCUGGGAGUGCACGGUCAGCAACCGGGUGGCCCAGAUCAGCACCAUCACCUCCGUCUACGUGCUGGGCACCAGCCCUCACGCUGUCACCAACGUCUCGGUGCUGCCACUGCUCCUGGCAGCCAACGUCUCCUGGCAGCCGGGGUUCGACGGGGGAUACUUCCAGAGGUUCAGCGUCUGGUACACGCCACUGGUGAAGCACCUGAACCGGCCCCAUCAUGACUGGGUGUCACUGACGGUGCCUGUUGGGGCUGGGUACCUCCUGGUGGAGAACCUGCAGCCGGCCACUGGCUACCAGUUCAGCGUCCUGUCCCAGAACAAGCUGGGCAGCGGCCCCUUCAGUGAGAUCAUCACCUCCUUCCCCCUGGGUUUCCCGACGACCGAGGUGCCUCCCGAGCUGCCCACCACAGCCACACACGUCUUUCUGUCCCCUCCACAGUCCCUGACGGCCAAUGAGACAUCGCGUGGGGUCCUGCUGCAGUGGGAGCCCCCGUUGCAGUUCUCCGUGGCCCUGACAGGCUACGCGCUGGAGUUACGGCAGGACCAGGGCGGCUGGGAGGGGCUGGAUGGCUCCAUCCCCAGCACGAAGACCCAGGUCCUGGUGCCAGGACUCAUCAAGGACGCCUGCUACGAGUUCCGCCUGGUGGCCUUUGCCGGGAUCUACAUGAGCGACCCCAGCAACACCGUGAACGUCUCCACGGCAGGUAUGGAGGUGUAUCCAUCCCGCACUCAGUUGCCUGAGCUCCUGCCACAGCCUGUGCUGGCUGGUGUCAUCGGGGGCAUCUGCUUCCUCAGCGUGGCUGUGAUCUUCAGCACCAUGGUAGCCUGCAUCAUGAACCGCCGGCGUGCCGCCCGCCUCCAGAAACGCAGGCAAGAUCCACCAAUCGUCUUCUCCCCCAACAAGAAGCUUCCACCUCCGCAAAAUUCUCGCAGCUCUGGUAGCCCGGACAGCGCCAUGAAGCUGAAGCUGCAGGCCUCCCCGUACCAGAGCUUGCGCCGGACCCUGCUGUGGGGGGAGAAGGCUGGCACCAGUCUGGGCCUCAGCAUCGCUGGCGGCCCUAGGACCAGCUCCAAGUACACGGUGUACGAAAGCCACAUUGGGGAUAUGAUGCCCCUGGAGCGCAUCUGCCGAGGCCCCGAUGGGCGCUUUGUGGUGGAGACGGACAGGCUGCCCCGGGAGGCCUCCCCCUGCGCCCUCGAGACGGAGCUGUUCCCCGAGCUCCUGCAGCAGGAUCCCUCCCCCACCCCGCCUGAGCCCAGCCCGCCAGCACCCUACCUGCAGGUGUAUGCUCCCCCAGAGGCAGAGGAGCCCGUCUGGAAGAGGGGAGUGCCGCUGCGGCCCAAGGCCACAGGCCAGGCCCGCAGAGAAGCCAGAUCCUCUGGCUACCGCCAGGGACGCUACUUCAGCUACUGCAGCAGCCCCACGGACGAAGCCAAGCCCUUGUGCAGCAUCAACCUCAGCCCUGUGGCCUCCCCAAUGCCGCUGCCCCUCAGCACAGUGGAGGAGCCGCGGGACGGCAUGUGUUGCGAGGGGCACUGCCAAAGCACUGUCAGCACGCUGCGCAACUCCCCAGGCCCUGGGGGCUCCCCCGUGCUCAGCAGGCUGCUGAGCGCCCCAGCUCUGGCCAGCCCCAAGCCACUGGGCUCUGGGUCUCCGAGCAGCCAGCAGAGAGCCAGCUCCUCGGCCCAGAGUGGGAUCCUCCAGUACCUGAGCCUGCCUUUCUUCAAGGAGAUGAGCGUGGAUGGGGACUGGCCACCCCAGGAGGAGCCCCGCGAGCUCCAGGCCCUGGGCAGCACGGAGCCCACCCUGCUGGGGGAGGAGGGUCCCAUGCAGAGCACGGAGGGAGCGGCCUGCCUGGACUACAUGGACACGCGUGGCACUGCAGAGUCUCCUCUGGAGCAAGCGCCCAGCAAGGCUCUCCUCAAACCACCAGAGCCACAGAUGGGCCCUGCCAAGGCUGCCCUGCCUGGGAGCACGGUGUGGCCAGGCUACCUGGGCCCCAGCUCCGACCCACUCCUGGCCAAGGAGCAGGCCCCCUGGGGCCGGGGGCCAUCGCCCACGGACAGCAGCAGGACCGAGCUGAUGUACACAGCCGUCUCCUCAGACUCCAACUGGGCCUUGAGCCUGCCAGGGCAGCCGCUGCCUGCAGAGCUGCUGGAAGCUCAGGUGCCUGAGAAGCACCAGGCCCCAGGGACCCUCUGCCUGCAGGGGCCACCUGCUGAGAAGCUGCUGCGGGGCAGCCUGACCAGCCAGAGUAGCGGCCGGGGCAGCGUGUCCUUCCUGAGACCCCCCUCGUUGGUGCUGUCAUUAGGGGGCACCUACCUCAGCUCCCCCCUAGGGGAAACAGCGGGCUGGCAAAGCGAAAGCGAGUCCCGGGGCUCCAUGGCAGAGGAGGGCAGGCCAAGGAAGGAGCUGGUCGUCGCCACUGUCAGCAAGAGGAGGAACACGUCUGUGGAUGAGAAUUACGAGUGGGACUCGGAGUUUGCGCUGGAGUCAGACAUCCUGGAUGCUCUGCAGCUGUACCGCAGCGGGGACCCCAAGAGACCCGUCUCCACCAUCGCCGUGCAGGAGCUGGAGCGGCAGAGUGCCAAAGCUCCCGGUGACGGCAGUGGCUCCCCGGGGAACUCCAAGUCAGUGGAUGCCCUGGAGGCGUCGGGCUCACUGCAGCCCCUUGCCAGCCCAGAGGCUCGCUGCGUGGCCCUGAGGGAGGAGUUCCUGGCAUACCGGCGCCGCAGGGAGGUUGCCCAGCGGCGCAGGCAGAGGAUGAGCAGCCACGGCUACGAUGAGCGCUUUGAGCAGGCCACGCUUCUGUGA